AUGGCAGAAGAGACUAGCCCCUUCACCGCACAAGUACCCACUUCGUCCAUCCGACACGCCCUCUAUGGCUCCAUCGAUGUCGCCGCCUCUUCUCGCGACUCGGCCAUCGAGGUCAGUCCGGCCAGCACCAUGCAACAUCCCUUUGCUCCUGGCCGACGCUACUACAUCUAUCCACCCUUCAUCAAGGGCCAUGGCCGUUUGAUACCCGCUCGUCGGACAGUGCCCUAUCUGGUUGGUCUGCUUCUUGUCAUCGCAGUGUUUGCAUGGGGCGUGUGUUCUGCUCUGUCGGUGAACCCGCUGCUGGGCCACCCGCACCACCCGGGCCCGCGUCCGCAACGAGGCUAG